CUUACCUCCUACCUUUCUCCCCCUUCCCAACACUCGCUUCGAUUGCAAUACCUUGGCUCGCCGACAGACAGAUACCAUUCGUGGCAUACACUCGCUUGAACCCACCCUCACCCUCGCCUGCCGAAGGAGCCGAUCUCCGGAAACGCAAUACGCACACGCAACGCACGACCGAUCUGACCGUUGAGCGGCCCAGAACGAGGCGACACGCGGCCGAGAGACACCACCACACUCACACCACCACCACCGCCAACACCAUCGAGACCGACUCACGCAGCACCUCCAGCUGUGAGCACCCUGCACCGCGGAUAGACUGCUUGCGAGCAGCGUAACAUCAGCUCAAAAGCAUCUCACACCCACACACAUCGCUCCAUCACCAUGCGGCCUUCGUCGGUGCUGGCAUCAGUGCUCUGCCUAUCCUCGGCCUGCACCGCCUCCCGCGCGGGAUGGGCACCCAUCGAGGCCUUGAACGGCGCCGAACCUCUCCUGCGACGGCAAGAUGAUGAUAAUGUCCAAAGCUCAUUCGAUCUCUCCUUCACCGGCGACCAGGGCAACACAGCGACGACGGCUCCCAGACCGACCCGGACAAACAACGACGACGACAACAAUACCACCAACGAUGCGAAAGCGACUAGCGACUCGGACAAUUCGGAUAACUCAGACAACUCGGACAACACCAGCUCAGGUGGCACGAGGACAGGCACUGCGAGGCAGACUGGCACCAAAAAAGCAGGCGGAACUGCCACCACCAAGACAUUCGAUGCACGACUGCCCGCGGGCGGUGUCUCCAUGAUCACACCCAACGCCCUCACGACCAAGUACUACAAGAUCCAGGAUUACAUCACCUUUGCCUGGAACUACACCUCGCUCUCCAUCACCCCUUCAGCCAUCGACAUCCUUGCGUCGUGCAGCAAGAACCAAGAAACAUACACUCUGGCCACCAACGUGACGGUGGAGGAGACGCAGAGUUUCACGUGGGACACCGGUGCCUUUCAAGCGAGUGCCACUGUGCCUUUGCUCACUGAGACCUACACUCUCAUCGUGCAUGAUGCCGCAGGUGAAGUCACCGACCAGGCCAAGGCCGGCUACCUGGCUCCGUAUAACCAAUUCACCUUUGGCAUGUACUCGCCCCAACCUUACACGCCCAUGUCCGACUAUGUCUGCGCGACCUGCAAUGCUGCUUCCACAUUGGAGAAGCAGACGUGGCUAGCCUUGCUCGGCAUGGUUAGUGUGACUGUCAUCACAUUUGGCUGGUUUACUGGCGUGGCUGGACUAUGGUAGUGAUUGCUUCGAAGAUGGAGGCGCAGAGGAAGAAUCGUGUAUACAAAAGCAUUGCGUUUGGCGUUGAGUGGCUGGUUGGUUUGGGGAAAAAUAACUUAUGAGCUUGAAUGAAGCCAAGCAGCAGCAGCACUCCUUUGUCAGUGGGAUCCAGAGAAGUGACGGACGUUCAGCGGAGUCUGAAUCUUGUUGAAUAUGGAGAUGGCGUCUGACCUGCAAUGUAAGAGAUUUGGAGAG